AUGCGCGUUACCACCGCCCUCCUCAGUGCUACUGCACUCCUAAGUACCACCGUCUCCGCCGCUAUCUCUAUCGGUACCAUUGCCGGCACCAAUGGCGUCACCUAUAACGUCGCCUGGACCACUGGCACUUCCGACCCUUGCAACCAGGACACCAAGUUCCUGAGCACCUUCCCCGCCAACCCCUGUGGGCAUUCCUUCCAGCUUGGAAACGAUGCGGGCCUCACUCUCGAGGGUUGCGGAGGUCCUUUGUGGAUCAAUCAGAACGGGAGGUUCAAGGAUAACUGUGUGAGCGCCGAGAACCUGGACAAGCCGUGUGGAAGCGGCAGCUUUUGGAGCGGGAACUUGCACAAGACCUUCCAGUGCCCUGGUUAA